AUGUCUGCCCAAGAUCGCGUCCAGAACUACAUCGGCCAGCUCGACCGUGAGCUGUCCAAGUACCCCGCCUUGAACAACAUCGAGAAGUCGACCAAUGUUCCCAAGGCCUACGCCGUCAUCGGCGUUGCUUCCCUCUACUUCUUCCUUAUCAUCUUCAACUUGGGUGGUCAGCUCUUGACCAACUUCGCCGGCUUCGUCAUUCCCGGCUACUACUCCCUGAAUGCUCUGUUCACCGCCAGCAAGCAGGAUGACACCCAGUGGUUGACAUACUGGGUCGUCUUUGCCUUCUUCACCGUUGCUGAGAGCCUUGUGAACGUUGUUUACUGGUUCCCCUUCUACUUCACCUUCAAGUUUGUUUUCCUGCUGUGGCUCGCUCUGCCCACCUUCCGUGGUGCUGAGAUCAUCUUCAACUCCUUCCUCUCGCCCAUGCUCGCCAAGCACUUCGCCGGUGCCUCCACUGCUUCCGGCCUCCGUGCCCAGGCUGGCAAGGCCGAGUAA